AACAGAUUCAGGAAGAGGCCCUUUCUGAAAAGAAUCCACGGAAGAGGGAUUUUAUGAAUGGCAUUAGGACAUGAGCAAGGAUUUGGAGCCCCCUGUUUAAAAUGCAAAGAAAAAUGUGAAGGCUUCGAGCUGCACUUCUGGAGAAAAAUAUGUCGUAACUGCAAGUGUGGCCAAGAAGAACAUGACAUCCUUUUGAGCAGUGAAGAGGAUCGAAAAGUGGGGAAACUUUUUGAGGACACCAAAUACACCACCCUGAUUGCAAAGCUAAAAUCCGACGGAAUUCCCAUGUAUAAACGCAAUGUGAUGAUACUGACUAACCCUGUUGCUGCCAAGAAGAAUGUGUCCAUCAACACAGUUACCUAUGAGUGGGCCCCUCCUGUCCACAAUCAGGCCCUGGCCAGGCAGUACAUGCAGAUGCUGCCCAAGGAGAAGCAGCCCGUGGCCGGCUCGGAGGGGGCACAGUACCGCAAGAAGCAGCUGGCAAAGCAGCUCCCCGCCCAUGACCAGGACCCAUCCAAGUGCCACGAGCUGACUCCCAGGGAGGUAAAAGAGAUGGAGCAGUUUGUGAAGAAAUACAAGAAUGAGGCGCUGGGAGUAGGAGACGUCAAACUGCCGCAGGACGUGAAUAACGCCCAGGACCCCGAUACGGCGUGCAUCCCGGGUGGUGACCAAAUCGGCGCAGCCGCCGUGGGCACCGUGGAGGACAAAGCUGCCGAGAACAGGGCACCUCAGUAUUCCUGCUAUUGCUGUAAGCUGAGCAUGAAGGAGGGUGAUCCUGCUGUGUACGCCGAGAGAGCCGGCUACAGUAAGCUCUGGCACCCAGCGUGCUUUGUGUGCAGUACCUGUGGGGAACUCCUGGUGGACAUGAUCUAUUUCUGGAAGAAUGGGAAGCUGUACUGCGGCCGGCACUACGGGGACAGCGAGAAGCCACGCUGUGCUGGCUGUGACGAGCUCAUAUUCAGCAACGAAUAUACCCAAGCCGAAAACCAAAAUUGGCACCUGAAACACUUCUGCUGCUUUGACUGUGACAACAUCCUAGCUGGGGAAAUCUACGUGAUGGUCAACGACAGGCCGGUGUGCAAGCCCUGCUAUGUGAAGAAUCACGCCGUGGUGUGCCAAGGCUGCCACAAUGCCAUCGACCCCGAGGUGCAGCGGGUGACCUACAACAACUUCAGCUGGCACGCCUCCACCGAGUGCUUCCUGUGCUCCUGCUGCAGCAAGUGUCUCAUCGGGCAGAAGUUCAUGCCAGUGGAAGGGAUGGUCUUCUGCUCGGUGGAAUGUAGGAGGAUGAUGUCCUAGGA